UUAGUGUAGCAGUUAAGUUCGAAUUCCCGGCUAAAAGCAAAACAGCGUUUCUACGGUUUGUGAAUAGAGAGUCACACAAGAAGUGAAGAGGGAACUUCCAAAAUAAGUAGUAAAAAUUUUGACGCGUGCGGCUUUCCGUUUGUCGGAAAGUCUUCAGCGAAAAUUAAUAAAGGGCUUUAGUUGCACACUUUUAAUCAAUGAGUUUUACAGAGUAUCAGCGGUGUGUGUGUGUGUGAAAAAAAGAUUUUACAUAUUGGUCUCAGCAAAAUUUGGCAAGUGUCAAAAUUUACGUCUGUAUAAUUUGGAGCAGUGUUGCCAACUUACUACAUAGCGAGAGAGUGAAAUGAGAAAUUAUUCAUGGUGAAUACAAAAUAGAAUAAGUAAGCGCACAAUUUACACAAGCAAAUAACACAAAUAUUGUUUUAAAACCGAAUACAAAAAUAAAAUAUUAAUAAUUUAGAAUUGUGAUUUUGUGGACGUCAUUAUUGCACGAAGAACGAAAAACAAAUUUUAAGAAGACAAUUUUUAAGGGUAGAGAAGCGGCAGUAAGAGACGCCGCAAGGAUAAAAGUUGAUACCGACAAGUGUGCGAUGGUCUUUGCUGCAUGGUGCAAUCCCUCGGGCCUGCAGAUGUUCCUGAUAUGCUCGCUGAUACUGGUGUUCGCCAUUAAUCUGCCCACCAUUGCGGCUACAAGCGGAAACAGUGCUCACGCCACGCUCAAUGGAAGGAAUGACGUGUUCACUAGUUCAUUCUUGGUGCGUUUCAGGCGCAGCGUCGACAAUGGCUUUGCUGGUGAAGUAGCAGCGCGCUACGGAUUCGAUAACAUUGGACCAUUAGUUGGAGGAAAUGGAAACGAAUACCACUUCAAGCACAAGACCUUGCCACACGCUCGCACAAGGCGUAGCAUUACACAUACGCGGCUGCUGAAGAGCCAUCCAUUGGUUCACACUGCGAUUCAACAGCCAGGAUUCAAACGGGUAAAACGUGGUCUGCGCCCUGCGAUUCCUGCAAUUCAUGGUCUUAAGUUCGAUGCCACCUACAGCGUUCAACCAAUUGGCGUUGAACCAACCGAUCCGUAUUUUCCUUUGCAGUGGUAUUUGAAAAAUACGGGACAAAAUGGCGGGAAAAUGCGUUUAGAUCUAAAUGUUCAGGCAGCAUGGGAUCAAGGAAUAACCGGGAAGAAUGUCACAACUGCAAUAAUGGACGAUGGUGUGGAUUACAUGCACCCCGAUUUGAAGUUUAACUAUAAUGCCGAGGCUAGUUAUGACUUCAGCAGCAAUGAUCCAUUUCCCUACCCGCGUUACACAGACGAUUGGUUCAAUAGUCAUGGAACUCGAUGUGCCGGCGAAGUGGCUGCCGCCAGAGAUAAUGGAAUAUGCGGCGUUGGCGUAGCUUAUGACAGUAAAAUUGCAGGCAUUCGCAUGUUGGACCAACCUUACAUGACCGAUUUAAUCGAGGCCAACUCGAUGGGGCAUGAACCGCACAAAAUACACAUUUACAGCGCAUCUUGGGGACCGACCGACGAUGGUAAAACAGUGGAUGGACCACGUAAUGCCACUAUGCGUGCUAUAGUACAAGGCGUAAAUGAGGGUCGCAAUGGUUUAGGCAAUAUCUACGUAUGGGCAUCAGGAGAUGGUGGGGAGGAGGACGACUGCAAUUGCGAUGGCUAUGCAGCCUCCAUGUGGACGAUUUCCAUUAACAGCGCCAUUAACGAUGGACAAAAUGCACACUACGAUGAGAGCUGUAGUUCAACGCUGGCCAGCACAUUUAGCAACGGUGCCAAAGAUCCUAACACUGGUGUGGCCACGACUGAUUUGUAUGGGAAAUGUACAACUACACAUUCAGGAACAAGUGCUGCAGCCCCAGAAGCAGCCGGGGUCUUUGCGCUGGCACUUGAAGCAAACCCUCUGCUUUCUUGGCGCGACAUUCAGCAUUUAACUGUGCUAACCUCAAAGCGCAACUCUCUCUUCGACGCUAAAAAUCGAUUUCACUGGACCAUGAACGGUGUAGGUUUGGAGUUUAAUCACUUAUUUGGCUUUGGCGUUUUGGAUGCGGGCGCAAUGGUAACACUAGCCAAAGAAUGGCGUUCAGUCCCUGCGCGGUAUCACUGCGAAGCUGGCGAUAUACUACAACCACACGCUAUUUAUACCGGUCGAUCACUGUUUUUGGAAAUAAAAACAGACUCUUGCAAAGGAACAGACACGGAAGUAAAUUAUUUGGAGCACGUGCAGGCAGUAAUCUCAGCUAAUGCCACACGACGAGGAGACCUGGAAUUGUUUCUAACUUCACCGAUGGGCACUAGAUCGAUGAUAUUAUCACGACGUGCCAAUGAUGAUGAUCAUCGUGACGGAUUUACAAAAUGGCCUUUUAUGACUACACACUCAUGGGGCGAAUACCCACAUGGUACAUGGAAAUUGGAGGCGCGUUUCAACUCGCCGCAACCACGUUCUGGCUGGCUAAUCGAAUGGUCGCUUGUUUUACACGGCACCAAAGAUGCGCCUUAUCGUACACUCUCACCCGCUUCACCACAUUCCAAAUUGGCUAUAGUGAAAAAAGCGCACGAGGAUCGAAAAAUGAAGUAGACAUGUCAUGAGCAAAACCAACUUCCAAACCAUAGAACACAUGAAGAAGGCGAAGCGAAAUAAACAAAACAACACAUCACAGAAUUAAAAAGCCAAAGUAUAAGCAGGUGGUACAUCCAGAAAUCAGAGUUUCAAUAGAAAAGCAAGCACAGUUUUCCAUAAUCAAAACAAGUUCUAAGCAAACAUUAAAUAGAAUACAAAUGCAACAAAUUCAAUAGGCAGUUGAAAAAGUAUUGAUUAUUUUUUUACGUAUUAAUCCAAUUUAAAGAGGGAUUGCUUGUGGAAAAGACUUCAGCGAGCAUGAUUAUUUCACACCAUUCAACUAUUCGAGGUAGUAGCGCACCUACGACGCACAUGGGACUUAAAACAUCUUUAUAUACUUGGUUUCUUAUCAUCAAAGCAAGCACACUUUUGUUUUUUUACCAACCAAAAUCGUACUUUCGUUAUACGUAUGCAUUUGUAACACUAGUUUUCACGCCAUUACUUUGAAUAAAAAGUACAUGCACAACAUUGAGGGAGAUUGCGAAUCAUACACAUUCCAAAAAUUUAUAUAUAUGCGGACACCCAUUUGAGUUUCUCCAUAUACAUAUAUGUAUGUAUGUAUAUUCAUAUACAUACUUAAACUAGAUUGACGGUAUUUAUUGAUAUAACUCAUUAACUUAUUACAAAGCAAACAUAACUUUUUUCAGACAUCUCCAUACUUAAAAUAUGUGUGCCCUAAUCAGAAGCAGUGUUGCCGUUGCCUUAUAUGUAAGUGCCGUUUCACUCGCCCCGGUUACCCGGCAGCAUUUAGAGCUUUCACAAAAGCCGGUUUCCGGUUACUUACUCUAUUUUGUGCCGACCAACCGACCGACUGCUGAGUAACCGGUACGUGUGCAACAGCAAUAACUCUUAUAUCAAACAUUGUUGGCAAAACGGCGUGCGGCUGAGCGGCUUAAAAUUAAAACAUAUGAAAUAGCAUUGAGGUGGCCACGCACUGAGCGGCAUUUCUGAGCGGCUGAGCGGCAUUUUUGUAUGGCGCCGCUCAUUGCGUGGCCUCGACCUUAGGCGUCGUAAUAUGUAUCUUAAGCCUUAAAAUUGUUCUAUGUAAAUAAACGAUUAAAAUGGUUUUAGAGGAUUCACUGUGUAUGAUAAAAGCUAAUUAUAUAUUUAAAUUAAUCAGUGCAAAAACAUUUCCGUAGUUGGAAAUCCUCCAAAGCCAUUUUUGCAUUGGACAAUUUUGAGACUUACGAUAUUACGAUGCUUAACACCUUGUAUAUAAUCCUUUAAAGCCAUUUUUGCAUUGGACAAUUAUUGAAUUACAGGAAACGUAAGAUUUUUGUAACGUGGUCAGUGCUUAUUUCAAGCUUAUAACUUUUAGACCAAAAGAUCUGUAAAACAAAUUUUUAAAAAGAAACGCUGACUUACUUUAGUUGUAGCAUAAAACUUUGGUCUUAAAAAAAUUUUAAUUUCCCUUAGUGAUUUUUAGUAUAUAGACUACACGUUAGAACCGAUCAAGCCCCAUAUGAACGAAGAAAGUUUGAAUUGUACAAGAAAAAAAAAUAAAACUAUAAAACCUCCAAUUUGGAUGUUUUUAGGGCAUGUCAAGGACGACAAUUUUAGGGCGCCAAAAUCCUGUACAAGAAAUCUUAAAAACUUUUCCCGGGGCCAGUCUAGUAUGUAAAUAUGUACAUGCUUAUGAUUUUAAAAGUCGUAUAUAGGAAAAGAAACCCGACCCUUAUCAAGAUGUGUGAGAUCCAUUCUUUUGUGCCAAAUUGCACAAAGCCUUUAGUUUGAACUAACAGAAAAAUAGGCUUAUGGCCUUAUUCAUAAAAAAUAAAGUAUGUUUAAAAAGCGUUACAAAUUGACGUUUUCAUACAUUUUUCAAUUUAUAAACCUUUUAUAAAGCUACUUUAUUUUUUAUUAAUAAGGCCAUUAGUUUAUUACAUAUUUCUACUGAAUUGUAAAAUACCUUUUCAAAAUAAGUAAUUUCUAAGCAAAAAAUGUAACCGACUUCAAUGCUCAUACAAAAAUUCGUGCUUGUCUUAAACUCUUCAUGAUCCAUUGAUCAUACCGAAUUAGUAUGGGACCAACCUUGAGAUACUCCGUUAAAGAGAAAGCGGUUUACGUGGUCCAAAGUGAAUGGAUAACCUUCCUCCUUUUUUGAGGUCGGUUAAUAAAAGUUUGUUCAUUUUAUCCCUAAAAUUUUCACAUUCUCCAUAUACAAAAAUGUUGGUAAUGUUUUUCUAUCGGUAAUAUAUGUAUGUACAUACAUAUGUAAAAUUUAUUAUAUUUUAAGAUUUCCGCUAAAGUAUUUUGGAAAAAAUAUUAGCAUUUACGUGAGCUGGACCCAUUUGAAAAUACCUCCAACUUUUUUAUUUUUUUUUUUUAUAAAUAAAAUUGGUUUUUAAAAACAUUUUUUCUCGAAAAUUCCCCUAAGUUAAUUGUGAGUUUAAGCUUAAAAGGUCUGCAAAACAGUUAACCGAUAACAAAAAUAAUUAGAUUUUUGGGGGUAUUUUCAAAACGUCUAGCUCACGUAAAUCUUAAUGCUUUUCCAAAAUAUUUUCGCGGAUGUCUUAAAAUAACUAGGUCCGGUGGAAACCCGCAACUUUUGUUAGUGAUGCAUCCUAAUGUACAUCCCUUUCGUUCUAUUCUCUACUUAAACAGAUACUUAAAGUUUGAGGGUCAAGCAAGUAACGUUUAAAACGGCAACACUGAUAUACACAUUUUUACCCAUCGAUACAUAUGAAUGCUAUGUAGAUAAAUAUGUAUUCUGAACUAAUUACAAUCAAAAGGGUCAUUCUAAUAUACUUAAAAAUUACAACAUUUAGAAAGCACAUAAUCACAUAAAAAAUUUAAGUCUAAAUUCGCAGAAAAAUAAAAAUAAAGAAUUCGUUUUUUUCCAUAUAUACAUACAUAUUUGCAUACGCUCUUAUAAAUUCAGUUAUCUUCGUAAUGUAAGAUAUAUUGAGUCCAUUUAGGAUAUCAUACCUGCAACUAUAUAAAUACAUAUAUGCAUAUUAAGUUUCUAAGAAUUUUUCCGGAACUUUCCUUAACACUGAGGGCUUAUACAUAUAUGUACAUAUGUAUACAUACUUAGAUAAUGCAUACAUUAAUUGUGUAGAAAAAACUUAUUUAAAACAUCCCUGCAAAAAUUUGAGGACCAGGUGGUCGUGGUUUUAAUGUAUUUGCAAAGGGCCAGGCUUCAUAUUAGUAACUUGUUAUGCUGACCUGAACCUCUUUAAUCGUAAAAAACUGAUAUAUGUGUUGAGCACCACCUCUUCGUAGCACAUGUGCCAUGGUCCAAAAGGAGUAGUUGUCUAGGUGGUCCCAUGUUAUGCAGCGGAGGAGCAUAAUUGGUCCCAUGUUAUGCAGCGUUGGACCAGAGGUGGUCAGGUCCAAUGACAUCGCAAUGUUAAUGUAACCACGUUUUCUCCAUAUAUUUGGACCAUUUUGGUUACUAGGGUAGUUUACAAGGUUUCGUGGUCCUGUACCAGUGUUUAACCUAGUCCCACUUUUUGCAGGGAUAAUGUUGUACUUACAUUCAUAAAUGUACAGAAAUACAUACAUAUAAUAAUAAUAAUACAUAGAAGCAUAUAUAAAAAAGUGUGAGUGAAAAAUUUCAGGUGUUUAAGUGUGUAUAGCUACUAGCCUGUUGAAAAAGCACACACACAAACUAAAAUUUAAAAUUUAUUUUUAAGUUUUACUUACCAUUUUAAGAAAUUGUCACUGCUUUUGUAUUUUUUUUUGUUUGGUAAAGAUUUGACUCUCAUUUUUAUUAAGUUUCUUUAGGGGGCCAAAGAAAAAAUUAUUCAUUAAAAAUUAUGUUUUAAAGUUGUUCUUUAGUAACAGUACAGAACAGUAUGGUGAAAAAAAGUCAAUGUUAAUUGUUAAAGUUUGUGGAUUGCAAGGCAUACUAUAUGUACGUGCAUACAUGUAUACAAAUAAAUAACUGUGUACUAUUAAACAAAUAUAAAAAAUACGUAUAAAAACACAAUUAAAUGCAACAUAUUUUAAUGUGUCAUGAAAGGAUAUAUGUAAGUGAAUUGUUAGGUGGAAAAAUGUAUAGAACUAUUUAAGGUUAUAAAGUAUACUUAACUACAAACCAUAAUACAUACAUACGUAUAAUGACAUUUGGAGGGUAAGAAUAAUAAUAAUAUACAUAACUAUACAUACAUAUAAAAUGAAAAUGAAUAUAAUCAUUUGAUGUUGUAGAUACUACAUUAGUUACAAAAAUACAAAGAUAUAUUUAUUUGCAAGCAUACCGAUA